UAUUGGUGGUGCUACAGCAUCUUCCAACAUGGCAGCCACUGCAAGUGGAUCUUCUUUCAACCUGCCGGUAGCAUCUCUGUUGCUGGUCCUGCUGCUAUGUCUGCAGUCGGGAGGCGGUCAAAAGAAGAAAGAGAAUAUGUUGGCGGAGAAGGUUGAUCAGAUGAUGGAGUGGAGCUCUCGUCGCUCCGUUAUCCGCAUGAACGGAGACAAGUUCCGCCGCUUCGUGAAGGCGCCACCCCGGAACUACUCCGUCAUCGUAAUGUUCACCGCACUGCAGCCCCAGAGGCAGUGCUCGGUGUGCAGACAGGCUAAUGAGGAGUACCAGGUGCUGGCUAACUCCUGGCGUUACUCGUCCGCUUUCUCUAACAAACUCUUCUUCACUGUGGUGGACUACGACGAAGGCGCUGAUGUCUUUCAGCAGCUGAAUAUGAACUCGGCCCCCACCUUCAUGCACUUCCCGGCCAAGGGGAAGCCAAAGAGGGCCGACACCUUUGACCUGCAGCGCAUCGGCUUCGCCUCGGAGCAGCUCGCCAAGUGGAUCGCUGACCGGACCGAUGUACAGAUCCGGGUGUUCCGUCCACCCAACUACUCCGGCACCAUCGCCCUGGCUCUGCUGGUGUCUCUGGUGGGGGGCUUGCUCUACCUGCGCAGGAACAACCUGGAGUUCAUCUACAACAAGACCGGCUGGGCCAUGGCAGCCCUGUGUGUUGUGUUUGCCAUGACCUCCGGUCAGAUGUGGAACCAUAUCCGCGGCCCUCCAUACGCCCACAAGAACCCGCAGAAUGGCCAAGUGAGCUAUAUCCAUGGGAGCAGCCAGGCUCAGUUUGUGGCGGAGUCGCACAUCAUUCUGCUGUUGAAUGCUGCGAUCACCAUGGGGAUGGUCCUGCUGAACGAGGCGGCCACCUCCAAAGGAGACGUGGGCAAGAGGAGGAUCAUCUGCCUGGUGGGACUCGGUCUGGUGGUUUUCUUCUUCAGUUUCCUGCUGUCCAUCUUCAGGUCCAAGUACCACGGCUAUCCGUACAGCUUCCUCAUUAAGUAAAGAUGUGCCCCCCCCACCCACCCCCAGACUUCUCAGACUGGCAUGGAAGCAGGAGGACCCAGAGCAUUGGAACAUCCAUCAGUUCAUGGGCAGAGCACAUGAUCUCAACACACAAUCCAGCCAAGAUGCUGUUUCUCCACAA